ACAUUAUUCAAGUUGUAGAGAAUUUAUGAGCAAAUAUCUACCGAAAUUAUUAGUUUUUAUUUAGGAUAUUGUUAAUCGUAUAAAUAACAUAAAAAAAGAUUAUACGUGCUGUGUAGUUCAAUUUUAGCCGAGUCCAAGUGCUUCGUCAGCAGAUCUUACUUUUCUAUAAAUUUUCUUUGUGUAUCUUCUGCAGUUGAGCAUGCAUUUCUGAUAUUCAUUCUUGUUAUUUGCAUCGCUAUUGUUAAUUCACUUACAAAAAUUUGUAUUUUGUUAUGUUUUUUUGUUUUAAAAAAUUGACCACUCGAUUGCUAUUAAAAAUAAGCAUUAAAGACAAUUUUUAUUGUUUUCUUAAAUACAAAAUAAUAUAAUAAUUUAUAAAUUUGUUAAUGAUAUAGUGGUUAUAUAAUGCUUAUAUAAUUAUAUAUAAUUUAUCUAUAUAUUAAUAAUAAUAUUUUAUAUCCAUAUAUAUAUAUAUCCAUAACAAUAAAAUGUUUUUUUAUCAAUCUUGUAUGGCAACCAUACAAAAAGUAAGAAAGAAAAAGAAAAAAAUAAUAAAGAUGUUCGUAUCCUAUAUCUAGGAAAUUUCACUCGUAAAUUUUUUUUAUCCUCACGGAGAAAGUUUGUUGAACUCAACCAUAUUCCUAUUUCCAAUCAAUACAUUCAUGAUAUCGAACUUUGACCUCGGCCAAAUCCUUUGGCUAUCUUGUUACUUUUGAAAUAGAACAUCAAAGGAUUCUUUUCUUUUUGUAAAAAGGAUGUCAUUACUUCGAGACUUUGAAGAAAUUGAAAAAAUAUAUUUAUGUUUGUUUCAACUUUAUGACAUUUGAUAAUUUAUUGCAUUUUCAUUACUAUAUUUUUUCAUUACUUCCUUUUUUGAAAAAUCUACGGUUUUCAUUUGCAUAAACGAAGUUUUAUCGUAAAUCUUACAUGUGCAUUUAGCUUGUUAUUGCGAUAACGAAAGAAUGAGAAGUUGGAAAUGAAAUGAUACAAAAUGAUAAUAAAAGUUUUCAUAAAGAUAACAGCUUAUCAAUUUUUUAUCUUUCAAGAAGACAAAAGUCUUCAUCUUUUUUACUUUUGCGUUAUUAUCAGUUUUUAUCAUAUAAAUUUUUGUUCGUUCGUUUUAAAAGUUUUACAAAAGUGAAAGAAAAAUGAAAGAGGAAGAGAGAGAAAACAAGUAGAAAUAAAAAUAACAAAAUUUUAUACAUUUGGAAAGAUAUAAGUUUCUCUUCAUUUUCUUUUUAAUAUAUAAAUUCCAUUCAUAAAGAGAUACGCAUCUUAAAAAGAAAAAAGUCAUGAACAUUUAAAUGAACUUAACGUUUCAUAGAAACAGAUUCUAAAUAAGGAAACAAGAGUAUAAAUGAUUUUUAUUCGAUAUGAGUACAUGUGUGUGUGUGUGUGUGUGUGUGUGUGUAACAUUAGUAUGUUUAUGGAAUUCAAAAAAAAAAAGUUUUUUCUAAACAAUUCUAUUACAAAUUGUUUUUAAUCGAUACGAAUAUACGCAAAUAAAACAUUAGUAUAUAUUACAACAAAAGAAAGUCUUUCUAAACGAUUUUAAUGAAAUAACAAAUUAUUUUCAAUCAAUUUUAACACACAUAUAUCAUAAUCAUGUGUUAGAAUGUAUUCUAUAAUAUGUGAAUGUAUUUUAUAUAUAUGUAUUAAUGUCUGGAAAUUCAGAGAUCUUAUUAUCUUAUUUAAAUAUAAAUAUUCAUUUUCCUUUUUAUUUCGAUCGUAAGCUUGUAUGUUUUUUUGCCUCCCACUUUUCGAGGACGCUAUCACCUGAUUCUAUAUAAUGUAGUAUGAGAGAUUCGUAUAUAACAUUUUGUUAUUAGUUGAAAAAGAAACUCGAACGAUAUAACUUUUAUUCUUGUUCGCUCUCUCUUUCUCUUUCUCUCUCCUUUUUCUACAAUUUCUGUUAUACGUGAUUAAUUAUUAAGAACGUAAACAAAAAUGGAACGCUGGGCUGGUAAAAUAGCUGUAGUUACUGGUGCAUCCAGUGGAAUUGGAUUAGCAAUAGUAAAAGCUUUUGUACAAAAUGAAAUAAUAGUGGUUGGAUUUGCUAGAAGGAAAAAUAAAAUGCAGAGUGAGAUGCAAAAUGUUAAGGGAAAAAGUAAAGGCAAAUUUUAUGCAUGUGAAUGUGACAUCACCAAAACCGAAAGUAUCGAACAAGCUUUCCAAUGGGUUAAGAAUAAUUUAGGAACAGUUCAUAUUCUAGUGAAUAAUGCAGGAGUGGCCAUAGAUUCCAAAUUUAUGGACUCAUCCAGACCUGAUUGGCAAAGAUUAUUCGAUACCAAUGUGUUAGGAUAUAUCGAUUGUACCAAACGUGCUGCUAGAAUGAUGUUAGAUUCCGACGUGGAAGGUUAUAUUGUUAACAUAAACAGUAUCGAAGGGCACAAUGUAGUUGCUUUCCCAAAUUGUACUCUUAAUUUUUACCCAGCGUCAAAAUUCGCUGCUGUUGCUGCUACUGAGAUUACACAAAAGGAAUUAUACGGUAGUAAAAUUCGAGUGACGAGUAUCAGUCCAGGAUUAGUAUCUACAGAAAUCGGGGAGGCAAAUAACUUCAAUUUACGUCCGUCAUUGAUAAAUUUACCCACUUUGGAGUCUGAUGAUAUUGCAAGUGCCGUUAUUUAUGUAAUCGGAACUCCGCAACGCGUUCAUAUUACUGAAUUGAUUAUUAGACCUCUUGGAGAAGUUAAAUAUGAGUGUUAAACAUAAAAUUAUUUAUAAUAUUUUAAAUAAAUAUUAUAUUGUCAUUA